AUGCACACAGCCAUGAACGUCAAAUUAACGAGGCUAAGGAAAGAAGCCAGAUUUCAAGCAGAGGCUGCUGCUGCUGCUAAUGCUGAUGCUGCUGGUCCUGCUGCUGGUGUCGUAGCAGAGCAGGUCACAGCAAUCUGUCGACGAUUCAUAGCUCGGCUCAGGAAAACCCCCAACUCUUCUCUUCGAUACCCGCUCACUCUUGGUGAUCUUGAAGAGGCUCGCAUCCUCUGGAUCAAACUCACGCAGGCAGCUCACUUCAAGGAUCAACUCAGAGCGAUCUCACGAGGGGAAAGGUUCAGCAAAUCCCACCCCCUCACCAAGCUCACACCCUUCAUCGAUCGCCAAGGGGUAUUGAGGAUAGGAGGACGGCUCAAGUUUGCUCACAUAGGCCCGGAGAGCCGGAACCAAGUGAUUAUUCCGAAGGAAUCUCAACUGGCUCAGCUACUCAUCGGACAGGCUCAUCUAAGGACACUCCACGGAGGCACACAGCUCACCCUCAGGCAGCUCAGAAGUAGCUACUGGAUACUCGGAGGUCGAGCACCAGUACGCUCCUUCAUCCUCAAGUGCGUUAACUGCACUCGCCAACGUGGAGUACGCGCUCAACAGCUCAUGGGCCAGUUGCCACCAGCCAGACUCACUCCCGCUCGAGCCUUUCUCAACACUGGGAUCGACUAUGCCGGCCCAGUGUCUCUACGGUCCUGGAAAGGGCGGGGACACAAGUCGUACAAAGGCUGGUUGGCUAUCUUUGUCUGCAUGACCACCUCAGCGGUCCAUCUCGAGGUCGUGUCAGACUACUCAGCCGAGGGGUUCAUCGCGGCGUAUAGACGCUUUUCAAGUCGGCGUGGGAUCGCUCAUUCCUUGUUCAGUGACUGUGGGACCAAUUUCCUUGGCGCUGACAAGGAACUAAAGAAGCUCUUCUCGUCAGGAUCAGCUCAAUCAAGACAGCUCGCACAGCUCCUCAUCAAUGAUGGGACUCAGUGGUCCUUCAAUCCUCCAGGUGCUCCGCACUUUGGAGGGAAAUGGGAAGCGGCGGUGAAGUCGGUGAAGUUCCAUCUCACCCGGACGAUCGGAGAGGAUCUGCUCACUUUUGAGGAACUCACCACUUUGCUCGCUCAAAUCGAGGCAGUGCUCAACUCACGACCACUGGAACCGCUCACGGAUGAUCCUGAUGACUGUUCAGCCUUGACACCAGGGCAUUUUCUCAUCGGUCAGGCUCCCACGACUCUUCCAGAGCCAUCUUUAGAGCAACUCAACGUCUCAAGGCUCUCUAGAUGGCAGCUCAUUCAGCAGAAGCUUCAAGGAUUCUGGAAGAGGUGGUCCACGGGAUAUCUCCAACGUCUUCAAGCGAUAUCCAAGUGGCACCAUCCGACUCAUCAGAUACGGAUCGGCUCACUGGUUCUACUCACGGACGAGAGAUUCCCGCCAGCGAAGUGGCCUCUCGCCCGAGUGACCGCUCUGCACCCAGGAUCGGACGGACUCACCAGGGUAGUCACCAUCAGGACUGCUCAGACGACGCUGACAAGGCCAAUCGCCAAGCUCGUCCUCUUGCCCAUCUCACCUUCAGGGGAAUAGAACCAGGACAGCUCACCGGCUUCUCACCGUUGGACUUCGUCAACUUCGACGGAUUUACGACCCUGACCAACCGACGGGGUUCAACGUGAGAAUGACAGCAGCCAACGCAGAAGGGAUUUACGACCCCCGACGUCUAGGAUGCUGCCAUGCCUAGCCAGCGCACCUUCCGGACGGUCUCACGGACUCACUCAUGGGUGACAAGCUCCGACAGCUCACCAAAGAGCGUUUUGAAUUUUGUUUUUUGUUUCAGCUCACCAUGGCUCUACUCAUUAUGGUUGCGUCAACAACUUUACAGUUGCCGACGGCCGGGGAGAAUGUUGGAAAUCCUGUCAGCUGACAGGUCCCUCACACUAACGCACGCAAGGC